UACACAUUCCAACAGAACCAAAAUCACCCUUUCAUAAUAUAUUUGAUGAUUCUUUAAUACGUUCAUGGACUAUGAUUCGUAAAGUGACAAAAUACGGGUUUAUAACUUCAACCGAUUUAAGAGUAAGAGGGCCUGUGAUCUUAAUCAAUGGUUCGCUAUUUUUGUGGAAUGUUCCUCAAGGUAGUUUUAGGCAAGAAAAAAAUAGGAUAGAUAAUGUGUUUGAUGGAUGGAAUAAAGAUUUUCUGAAAAUUUUUGAAAUUAUUACACCAAAACCUGAACUUUUGAUCUUUGGAACAGGAAAAAUGUCUGUUCCGAUUCCCCCAGAAAUACGAGAUUACAUCCAUAAAUUAGGAUUACAAAUAGAAUACUCAGAUACG